AUGGAGGAAAAGGAUGAAACUCUUGUCAGGAGCAUCAGUGAAAAUAUAUACAAAACGCGAACCUAUGAUCUGAACAUCACUUACGACAAAUAUUACCAGGUGCCUCGCAUGUGGCUUUGUGGUUAUGACGAGAGGCGCAAGCUUCUGAGUGUCGAAAAAAUGUACGAAGAUUUUUCGGAAGAUCACGCUCGAAAGACGUUAACAGUAGAAAGCCAUCCUCAUAUUUCUGGUCCACCGAUGGCGUCUAUUCAUCCAUGUAGGCAUGCAGUGGUCAUUAAAAGACUAGCCGAAACACUCGAAGAAAAUGGCAAGGCGCUCGAAGUUCAUCAGUAAGU